CGCCCAGUACCCUCUUUGUGACCCGCGCUCAGCAAGAAUGGCCUCACUACCAAAGGCCGUACGGUCGUCCUCCAGAACCGCCCAGAAAGUCCUCCAGCAGAGGUCGGUAUCAGAUGUCGCGAUUACCCGCACGGGGAAGCCCAUUCUUCGGGUCCAGGGUGGAAGAUCGUCACUUGGCGGACACACCGCGACGGUAUUCGGCGCGACGGGACAGCUUGGACGAUACAUUGUGAACAGGCUUGCUCGGGUAGGAUGCCAGGUUGUUAUACCAUACAGGGAGGAGAUGGGCAAGCGGCACCUGAAGGUGACCGGCGAUUUGGGCAGGGUGGCCUUUGUGGAAUAUGACCUGCGAAACACUGAGUCGAUUGAGGAGGCUGUAAGACAUUCGGACAUCGUCUAUAAUCUGGUGGGCCGGAUGUACCCAACAAAGAACUUUUCUUUGGAGGACGUUCAUGUCGACGGCACAGCUCGCAUUGCCGAGGCAGUGGCCAAGUACGAUGUGGAUCGUUUUAUUCACGUCUCCUCGUACAACGCCGACCCUAACUCUCCGGCAUCUUUUUUCGCAACAAAGGGUCGUGGUGAGCAGGUUGCUCGGGACAUCUAUCCCGAGACGACCAUCGUGCGACCCGCGCCCCUGUUUGGUUUCGAGGACAAUCUGUUGCUGAAGCUGGCUGGUCUCACGAACCUCUUCACCUCAAACAACAUGCAGGAGACAUACUGGCCCGUGCACGCGAUUGACGUUGGCCACGCCCUCGAGCUGAUGCUCUACGAUGACACUACCGCCGCGCAGACCUACGAGCUCUACGGACCUAAGAAGUACUCUACUGCUGAGAUUGCAGAAAUGGUCGACAAGGAAAUCUUUGCCAAACGGCGGCACAUCAACGUGCCCCGGCAGAUCCUUGAACCCGUCGCCAAAUUGUUGAACCAGGUGCUCUGGUGGCCGAUGCUGUCUGCAGAGCAGGUUCAGAUGGAGCACGUUGACCAGGUGAUUGAUCACACGGCCAAGACGUUCAAGGACCUCGGAAUCGAGCCUGGUGAUAUCAGCAAGUUCACAUACCAUUACGUGCAAGGAUUCCGCAGCGGCGCGUUCUACGAUCUGCCGCCGGCGAGCGAGAAGGAGAAGAGAGAGGAGAGGAAGUAUCUACACGUGCUGGACGACCAAUAGAAGAAGAAAUAGAAGAAAACAAAGAAAAGGGUGAGGCAGUUUGGGUCCGGUGGGCGAGCAUGGAAAGACGAGCAAUUGUAAAUAUGUGACUAGAUUGUUUCUUUUCUUGCGCCUUCAAUUUGAAAAAGAAAUUCCCAU